AUGUCGGGGUUUUUCAUGUCUGAUAGCAAAGGUUCUGCAUCAAAACCUAGAAAAAGACAAGCAAAAUCGUCCCAGAUUUCUGGGUUCAGAAAUAAGAAGCAAAGGGGUAAACAGUCUCUAUCAAAAGCGGAACAUAUAGAUGAAGAUGAAUUUGGGAGCGAUUCAGAUGUUCCAAGUGACAAAGUGGAAGACAUACCUGGAGAAGAAGAGAGUAGUGAUCAUGAGACAGCACAAGAAAAACGACUUCGCCUUGCAAAGCAGUACCUUGCACAAUUAGAAAAAGAAGAACAAGAAAAGAAAGAGUCAGAUGACAUAGACCAUGAUGCUAUAGCUCACAGACUGAAACAGGAUGUUCUUGAGCAAACAGGCAGGUUUCAGAAAAGAGUGGCCUCACAGUACACUCAACCCUCCCCUGCUGCUAUCAGAGUUCUUAAAGGUCAUCAGUUAUCAGUCACCUGUCUCUGUGUGUCACCAGAUGAUAAGUUUGUCUUUUCUGCUUCAAAAGACUGCUCAAUUAUCAAAUGGAAUAUUGAAACAGGCCUGAAGGAGGGUAAGAUCCUAGGUUGUCACAAGGCCAGUGAAGGAAGCAAAGGCCAUAAAGGACAUGUUCUCUGUCUUGCUGUUACUUCUGAUGGAAAGUUUCUGGCUAGUGGAGGUAGAGAUAAAAUAAUUCACAUCUGGGAUCCUGCUUCACUUCAGCAUGUUCAUACAUUCAAAGGUCACAAGGAUGCUGUCUCAGGUUUAGCCUUUAGGCGAGGAACCCAUCAGCUAUUUAGUUGCUCCCAUGAUCGCACAGCAAAAAUCUGGAAUUUGGAUGAGAUGGCCUACGUAGAAACUCUCUUUGGACAUGAAGAUGGUGUAACAGCUAUUGACAGCUUGACACGGGACAGAGCUGUGAGUGCAGGAGGCAGAGACAGAAGUCUUCGUGUCUGGAAAGUUGUGGAAGAAUCACAACUAGUUUUCAAUGCACCAGGAAAUAUAGGGUCCCUUGAUUGUGUACAGUUGAUAAAUGAUGAGCAUAUGGUUUCUGGUGCAGACAAUAGCUCACUGUCCCUAUGGAGUGUUUCAAAGAAAAAGCCAUUAUGCACAAUACUAAAUGCUCAUAGUAAACCAGAUGGCAGUUCAGAUGACAGUAUUCCAGAUGAAAGUUGGAUAACAUCAAUUGCAUCACUACGAAGUACAGAUCUCUUGGCUUCAGGUUCUUGUGAUUCAUGUAUCAAACUCUGGGAAUGUGGUGAUGGAUUCAGAAGUCUUAAGCAGCUCUUCUCUGUAUCAAUGGUUGGCUUUGUAAAUGCUUUAGCUUUUUCCAACGAUGGAAAUAAUUUGAUAGCUGGCAUUGGACAAGAACACAGGCUGGGUCGAUGGUGGAGACUGAAAAAGGCAAAAAACUGUGUUUGUGUAAUACCCCUGCAGAGAACAGUGCAGAAUGGAGUCCAUGCUUGAAGUCUGCAAAUUUAAGAACCAGUGGAACAUAUGAACCAGUGGAACACACAUUGUUUGAUCAACAGUGGCACUGAACCACAGGAUAUUUAUUUAUUGCAGGAUAACAAGCUGUUGAAUAACAUUCCAUUUAAUUUGCAUGUUAUCAGACCAAUUUCAGUGUUGAGAACAAAUAAAUAAAUU